AUCACCCAUCUAGUCGUCAAUUAACUGAAAAACAACAACAAAAUGUUCAACAAAUAUCUGCUACAGAUAUUAGUCCUUGGGAAAUACUUUCUACUCUUCGUCAAGGCAAUCUAGACAUUAAGCAAUUUGACUCUUUGACAACUCAACAACAAGGCAUAAUUCUAGAUAAAAUAUCAAGUCUCUUUCAAGAGUCAACUGCAGUUGUAAAAGACCUACAAAUACAAACUACAAGGGAAUGUCCAACUGGAUCCAAAAAUAUUGCUUAUUCAUCUACUAGAAGAAAUCUAUCUAACUUUUUUGAGUUGGUAGAAUCAGAAAAACAUAAAAGAUGUAGUUUAUGUUAUGAC